UUUUUUUGCACUUGUGACGCUUCCUUUUGGUAAUCGCGCUCUUUGAAUUUAUCCUGAAUUCGGUAGACUAUUAGGUUUUCUUAUAAAAAGAAGUUAGCCAUAAAUUAUAGUUUCUUGUAUAACAUGCACCAACCUGGAAGUAUAGCUGAGGAGUUGCCGAGUACAUCAGAUACAGCCAUUGGCGGUGAAGUUAAGAAAUCGGACACCCAGACGGAUAAAAUAUUUUCACGUUGUCAUUCAAUUGUACUUACGGAAGACGAAUACAAGCUUACGAAUACAGAGACGCAACAAAAGCGGUUGCAGAACCUUCGUAAGGAAUUGAAUUAUAUUAGUGAGACAGACUGGAUGUACGAGACCGUCGAAAGGAAGGCGGCAUAAUAGAUUUCUAGUUUC